CACAGCUUGUUGUGUGCCAGUAGCAUGUAUGGCAGACAGGGUAGAGGAAACUACAGUGAUGGUGGCUUCAGAGGUGAUGGAGGCCGAGGUAAUAAAUAUCGAAGGAGAGGUGGUGCAAGAGGAGGUCGAAGAGGAGGCCAUCCACAAGGUCUUCGUGGCAAAGAAAUUGGUCUUUGGUAUGCUCAGAAGUGUCGAGAACGCAAAGACAAGGAUGAAUGCUGUUUACCAGUUAUCUCUAUGAAUGCUAGUCAAGUUAGAGAUGUUGGUCGUAUGCUGGACUCUUUUGAUGGGGGAAGUAACUCUUCAGGAAAUGUCUCAAGUUUUGAAGGUGCAAGUUCGGUCCUACUGGCAACGGAUGAUUUGGGAGAGGAGUGGGACAAUCGUAUAUCAUCUAUUAUGGCACAGGAAUUUGAAGAUGAUGGGGACAAAGAAAAGAGGCCUCUCAGUGAAACUUUUGCUCGGAGAUUGGAGAAUAUAAAUGAAUCUGACUUUAAGAGAGCAUAUAUGGCCAAUGUUCAUGGAAACCAGCUACGGGACUCUGAUGGUCUGGGUGCUUUAAAAGGAGAACAGUUUGGGCUGAUACGAAGAGAAGACUUGGAUGAAAAACUUUAUAAGGACAUGGUAGAACAGCAAACUUCCAAACUCUAUCAACAGAUGCUUGAGGUUCGUAAAAAGCUGCCUUCAUACAAGAUGAGAGAUGAAAUUGUUGAUGCAAUUCAAAAACACCAAGUGGUAGUGCUUAGUGGAGAAACAGGCUGUGGUAAAACUACACAAGUUGCUCAAUUUAUAUUGGAAAAUGCCAUUGCCGAUGGCAAAGGAUCUACCUGCCGUAUAGUUUGUACACAACCAAGACGUAUUUCUGCUGUUUCCGUUGCACAGCGUGUGGCUGAUGAGCGUGGAGAGAAGCUGGGAAAGAGUGUUGGUUACCAGAUCCGUUUAGAAUCUGUCCUUCCACGUUCUGAAGGCUCCAUCUUGUUCUGCACAACUGGUAUUGUCCUACAGUGGUUGCAAGGGGACCCAGUCCUAUCACAGGUGUCACACCUUGUCUUAGAUGAAAUACAUGAGAGAGACAUGCUCUCUGACUUUCUUAUCUGUAUUGCCAAAGACCUUAUUAAAGUGCGACCAGAUCUGAAGAUCGUAUUGAUGAGUGCAACACUCAAUGCUAAGCUGUUUUCAGAAUAUUAUGGAGGUUGCCCAAUGUUACAUAUACCAGGCUUUACCUUCCCAGUAAAAGAAUACUAUCUAGAAGAUGUACUAGAAAUUACCAGGUUUAAAUUUCAAGAUGAAAGAAGAAUACCUAUUUGGAAAAGACGAGAACAUAAAGAAAAUAAAGAAUUUGAAGAGAUGAUUGCACCUUAUAUAAGAAACCUAGAACGAAGUCAGAAAUACUCUAGCCAAACUCUUGAUGAACUGUAUAAGAAGUCUAGUGAGGAGUUAAACGUGGAGUUGAUUCUGGAGUUGUUACGUUACAUUGCUCAGCAACCUCCAGGUGCUGUCCUGAUCUUUCUUCCUGGAUGGGACAAGAUCUCAAAACUACAUUCAAUGAUACAAGAAGACAGAAUGCUAGGUGGACGUAAUUAUCUGGUGAUUCCAUUACACUCCAUGAUGCCAACAGCUAACCAGCGUGAGGUGUUUGACAGACCACCUAAAGGUGUGCGCAAAAUAGUCUUGGCAACAAAUAUUGCUGAAACAAGUAUAACAAUAGACGACAUUGUGUAUGUUGUUGAUGGUGGGUUUAUUAAAAUGAAAAAUUAUGACAAGGAGGCUAAUGUGACAACUUUGUUACCUCAAUGGGUCACUCUUGCCAAUGCUAGGCAACGUCGAGGUCGAGCAGGACGUGUGCAGGCAGGUAUUUGUUACCAUUUGUUCACACGUGCUCGAGAACAAGCUCUGGAUGAGUAUCCCCUGCCAGAAAUCCAAAGAAGUCGCCUUGAAGAGAUUAUUCUUCACAUCAAAAUCUUACGCUUAGGUUCGGUCAAGCCUUUCUUGCUUGAAGUGAUGAUGCCUCCUGACCCAUCUGUUGUUGGUGUCUCUCUUCAGCUUCUUCGAGCAAUUAAUGCACUGGACGAAAGUGAAAACUUGACACCUCUUGGUUUCCAUUUAGCCCGUCUUCCUGUAGACCCACUGACUGGUCGUAUGCUGCUAAUGGCUGCCAUUUUUUCUUGUGUUGGACCCAUCUUGACAGUGGCAGCAUCAUUGACUUUUAAAGAUCCUUUCAUAAUUCCAUUAGGCAAAGAAAAAAUAGUUGAUGAAGUGAAGAGAAGACUGAACAGAGGGGCUAAGAGUGACCAUUUAUUAGUAGUGACAGUUUAUGAUAAUUGGGAACGUGCAUGUCAGUAUGGUAAUGAGAGACAAUACUGCAGGGACAACUUCCUCUCCUCUGCUGUAUUACAUCAGCUCAAAAACUUUAGGAAACAGUUCAUGAGCCUGUUGUAUGAACACAAGUUUGUCAAUACCUGUAAUCCCCGGGCAGGUGAAGUCAACCGUAAUUCUGAAAAUUUAGCUCUAGUGCGAGCUAUCAUCACUGCAGGCCUUUACCCUAAUGUAGCUCGAGUCUUGCCAAACAGUGGGCGACCUAGUCCCCAUAAACCAGUGAGGAUUCGAACAGCACAAGAAAAGCGAGUUGCAUUGCACCCAAAGUCAGUGAAUGAGAAGGAAAGGAAAUUUGAGCAUCCAUGGCUGAUAUACAGAGAAAAAAUUAAGUCAUCACAGGUUUUCAUACACGACAGCUCCAUGGUUCCAACUUAUCCCCUUCUCUUCUUUGGGGAAAAACUAAACUAUGACUCUAGUAAUGGAGUGAUAAAUGUUGAUGGAUUUGUACGAGUUCGAAGUUCACAGCACGUAGCUCAUUUGGUACAGAGUUUACGAAAUGUUUUAGACCAACUUCUUGAACACAAAAUUAGUCAUCCAAGAAUGACACGGUGGGAAAAAUUCACCAAGGAAGGUGCACUGCUUCACACAAUUGUGGACCUCAUCUCCAGCGAGAAACGUAUAACGGAGGAGCCCCAGGAAUAUUUCGAGGACCAAGAUGAUGAUGAUAAUGAUGACAAUUAAAUGCUCCAAGUAUAUAUGAUCUCAUAUUAAACAAAGAUGUUGGCAUACCUGACAAGUUGGAAUUUUCCUAGUUGGUUACUUCAUUCUUAGAAAUUAUGACUAAAAGGCAGCACGUACAAGGACGAAUAUCUCAAUCUUGGCUUCACACACAUCACUCAAUGUGGCAGUCUCAAGCAGUGAGCCAUUUAAGUAGAACAAGCUUGGAAGGAAAGGACAGUGAACAGAGAGCAGAGUUUCCUUGACAGGAAAGAACUGGAACUACAGAGAUUGGAUAAUCCUACCAACACAGUUGUUUACUCUGCAUGGCAAGCAGUAUUUGAUUCAUACCUUGUAGCUUGGAGGAUUGCACAAAUAAAGAAGCUAUACAUUGGUGAGGAAUUGGUAAAACCAGCAGCACUCAGAAUGGUGUGGACACAAAAUUGCGAACAAAAUUGUGUGCAAACAAAAUUGAACUGAUAUCUCUGUCAAAUGACAAUUAGUCAACAAAUUAAGAACAUGUCAUGAGAUAUAAAAGACCAAGUGAUUGCAGCCUUUAAAAUUGCUGACAGUUAGUCUCCAGUGGAAAGCAUUCACAUGUGUUAAUGAUGGCUUACGUACGGUAUCAGGGUCCAAAAGAUAAGGAAGAGGAAUUUGUUCUGCCAGCUAUUACACACCACAAAUGGAGAAGAUAUUUUUAAGAUUGUGGACUCAUUCUUCAAGGAAGAAGGGCUUCAGAGGAUACAGUGUUUUAGUGUGUGUUGUGAUAGUGCACCAGCAGUGUUAUGAGCAAAAAAAAAAAAAAAGGAAAAUCUGCAUGUGUUGAUUGUUCGGUCUACACCACGAAAAUUUUGCUUCUCGAAGGUCACAUGAGUUGCAAGUGAUGCAGGCAGUCAUUCAGGUCUUUAAUUUCAUCAAAGCUAGGGCUCUUAACUCAAGGAUCUUCACUCAUAUGUGCUCAUUUUGGUUCAUAUUAUGCACAUCUGUAUCUGUUUUAUCACUCUAAGGUUAAGUGACUGUCACAAGGAAAAGUGCUCCAGUGAUUGCUUGAAAUGUGGAACGAGACUUGAGAUAUUUUUGGUUGAAAAGAAUCAUUCAUUGGCACAAAUUCUCAGAUUCAAAAUGUGUGGUGCAAGUUGCUUAUCUUGCCAAUAUUUUUGCUAAGAAUAACACCUUGAACAUUUUGAUGCAAGGCCAUGAUUAGAUGUUGGCUGGGCUGUCAGAAACUAACAGCAUUCUAGGGGAAACUUAAGUUGUAGAAGAGUAAAAUUGUAGCUGCUAAGACUGCACCAUUUCUAUUCUUGAGUGCACUUAUUCAGGACAAAACAUUUUCACUUGUCCAGGUCCAAAGCAUCAUUGUGAAACAUAUUUCUAAGCUCUGAUAAAGUUUGAUCACUAUAUUUCCAAGAAUGUAAUGAAAUACACCUGGGUAAAAAAAAACCUUUAACAUUGAAUCUGGGGAUCUGCCUGACAAUAUUUUGUACAUUAAACUAUGGAAGCAGCUCAUUAUGAUUCAGAAUUAUGAGACAAUUACAAUUUCAAAAAGCAAAACAAAUUGCCAAGCUCAUUCUUUAACAAAGUUUACAAAGAAAAGCAGUCUUGGAGGUGAAGUCCUGAAAGUGCUCCUUCCUUUUGUUACAACUUUCCCAUGUGAGAGGAUUUUCAGCAUGCAUGUUCACAAAGACAAAGUACAGUAACCCUGAUUUGAGUUUGUUUAAACCAUGCCAUACCAGGGAUCUCAUUAAUUACUGACACAUCUCCCAUACCCCAGUCCAUCUACUGAAUUGGAGUUAUAUUUCUUAGAUAUUCAUUAUAAUUUCUGUUUAUUAGUCACAUUAAUAAAAUAUUCCCAUUUAACUUUUGCUUUUGUCACUUUUUUUUGUUUAGGACUAAAGUAAUUUUUCACUUGUUUGGCAAAAUAAGGUUAUGAGUCAUGUAGAUUCUCAGCAGGAUUUUGGGUCACUCCCCCCCCCCCCCCCCCCCAAAAAAUGCUGAGAACCACUGUCAGAGCAGCUCUGGUCCCUGUUGUACCUUUUUCCACAAUCACCUCUGACAUUCUCACCUCUUUGCCUUCACCCAUUUCAACUUCCUUCUUCCACUUCCCUCUUUUCUUCCCUACACAGCCUUUCUUGGCUGGCCCUUCAUCUCUUCCUUUGAGGUUUCACCUUAAAGGCCCAAAACUCUUCAAAGUCACCGAAAACUUUCUUCCAACCUGCUGCUCCUACACACUUGACUUUCCAUUCCUGUCUUUCCCUGUGCCUCCUACACAUCACAGUUUUGGACAUCCAUCCAUCCCAGCUUAUGUCAGCUAAUUCCUGUCUCACCCCAGAUUCCUUCCUCCCAGGACGCCUCUCUUCUGUCUCUUCUGCCAGUGUUUCUUCAUUCUCUUUUGUGUCACGCUUCCUGCUACUCUCGUCGUCAGGAACUCUCGAGGCCUUUUUGGCUUUUAUUUGAGAGAAAAACCUGUGAUGGACAUGGACCUUCUGCCAUUGCCUUCACAUUUUCACCCUCUGCACCCUCUACACUUGCAGACCAAUGUCUUUUAGGACUACUACCACCUCACAUAUUUCUACCUUCCCACUAUUACCCUUUUGACUUUUUUCUUUUUACCAUCCUAGACCAUAGCCACUAACUGCUUUCUGUUGCUGUUGUCUAAAUUUUGUUCUGGUAAUGGUUUUAUUGCAGUGGAAUAUCAGAGGGUACAGGGAGAAAUCGGGGAAAGCUACAAGUGUUGUUCUCCCAGUUUUUUUCACUUCUGUGUGAAAAACCAAAAUUACAUUCCACUGUUCACCUUCCCCCUCCCCUCCAUCUCUUGCUGUUUUAUUACAAGCACUUAUCCUUUUCCCACUGAGACAUUUAACAAGAGUGCACUUGUGUAUGAUGAUAUUUCUUUCUCUUGGCUUUCUGCCCUCAUUAUACCACAGCUUAGUAUGAUGGGGAUGUUAGUAUCUUUCCCCUUCUCACCCAUUAUAAUCUAUACUCAACAUCUGUUUUCUUCCAUACCGCUGCCCCCUCUUUUUAUUAGAUUUUAUUGCUUAUGAUUUCCUCUGGGAAGAUUCUCACUGUGACUCUCAUGGGGACCAGUUAAGAGGCUUUUCUCACUUCUUUCCCUCUAUGUUUUAAAUACUGGUACCUCUACUUAUUUAAGUCCUCACACUACUACACUUUCCUGUAUAAUUAGUGUGUGCUCUUCUAUAGCAUCGAACUUUGGUUUGUGGUACCUAAUCUUCAUGACAGCUAUCAUUUCCCUCAUACAUGUAAACCCCCUUUGUCCAAUCUGUCCCUUGAGCGGACAGAUUGUACGCAAUACUUUUCUUGGUCUUUCAUACAGUUAGUUACAACUUUACCAUCUUUGUCCUCACUGCAGCAUCACUUGCCAUCCUUCAGACCUUGGGUAGGCAUUAUUGGAAAUACGUACCCUGUGGUCUGUUCUCUUGCUGUGCAGUCAAAACUGAUUGUACAACAGAACCACUGAUGGGUUCAUCAACACUUUCACUGUCUCAUAUGUAGAUCUGCAUUAUCGACACAGAUCUAGUGGCUUAACCCUUUAAAUGUCAAACCAUUGAUUUAUGCAUUAUUGCUAGUGCUCCAGAUGUUGAUCAUUGCACUAUUAUAUCUUCUUUCAAAUUUGGUAUUAGAGGCCUGGUAGCCCUAGGCAGUACAGAAUAGGUCUGCACACUCAGUGUGUGCCAUAUUAAAAACAAUCUAGGACCACAGAGUACCCUGUGAGAGCACCAGUUCAAUUAAGUGCCAGCUAGAGCAAACCCAGGAACUCACUAAUGCAGUCAUAUUAACUCUCCAUUUUCAAGGAAAAUGAUAUUGACCUCAUGUUUAGAGGCUUUAAGAUGGCUAUUGCCAUAAGUGGUCAAGGAAAUAUCGAAAACCUCGAUGAUAACCCAUGUGCAACAUUUGUGCUACAUCCUUUCAAUUUCAGUGCCACUUGUAGUGACAUCCUACCAGAAUGUUCUAAUGCCAGUGAGUCUCUUAAGUAGAGAGAGUGAGAGGUGAUUCUGCAACGUGAAAUACGUGUUCAGCUGGCACAAGGUUUUACAAGGUUAGGUUAAGGUUCCUAACUUAAUUUACAAGCUAAGAGCUGUUACCUACAUCAGAUUUGAAAGGUUUUAUUGUUAUAAGACAUACAAAUAGGGAACAGGAUGAAGUUGGAGCCAUCUGUGUGCCAGCAACUGACUGUUUCGUUGAUGUCUUUAUUCUGUAAAAACAUGUUCCAGACUCGAGUCAUCCUAGGAAUAAAUGACUUCAGAUGAAGUGAUGUUCUGGAGAAGGAUACAGUCAUUUGCUGCCCUUCUUGUUGUGUAGAAGCUCACUUCUCACUAUCCUCAGAGUGGAACCAAGUAUGGUACAGUAGGCCAUCGAUUAACACUGAUUCCUCUUAGGUGUUUUCUCAAUUACAUUAUUACAAAAUUGCA